UAGUUUGAUUAAUAUGUGUCUUGGCGUGUUUCUCCUUGGAUUUAUCCUGUAUGGGACUCUCUGUGCUUCCUGGACUUGAUUGACUAUUUCCUUUCCUAUAUUAGGGAAAUUUUCAACUAUAAUCUCUUCAAAUAUUUUCUCAGUCCCUUUCUUUUUCUCUUCUUCUUCUGAGACCCCUAUAAUUCGAAUGUUGGUGCAAUUAAUGUUGUCCCAGAGGUCUCUGAGACUGUCCUCAGUUCUUUUCAUUCUUUUUUCUUUAUUCUGCUCUGCAGUAGUUAUUUCCACUAUUUUAUCUUCCAGGUCACUUAUCCGUCCUUCUGCCUCAGUUAUUCUGCUACUGAGCCCAUCUAGAGUAUUUUUCAUUUCAUUUAUUGUGUUGCUCAUCGUUGCUUGCUUCCUCUUUAUUUCUUCUAGGUCCUUGUUAACUGUUUCUUGCAAUUUGUCUAUUCUAUUUCCAAGAUUUUGGAUCAUCUUUACUGUCAUUAUUCUGAAUUCUUUUUCCGGUACACUGCCCAUUUCCUCGUUAGGUCCGGUGGGUUUUUACCCUGCUCCUUCAUCUGCUGUGUGUUUUUCUGUCUUUUCAUUUUGCUUACUGUGUUUGGGGUCUCCUUUUUGCAGGCUGCAGGUUCGUAGUUCCCGUUGUUUUUGGUGUCUGCCCCCAGUGGCUAAAGUUGGUUCAGUGGGUUGAGCAGGCUUCUUGGCUUGGGGGACUAGUGCCGGUGUUCUGGUGGAUGAGGCUGGAUCCUGUCUUUCUGGUGGGCAGGUCCACGUCUGGUGGUGUGCCUUGGGGUGUCUGUAGCCUUAUUAUGAUUUUAGGCAGCCUCUCUGCUAAUGGAUGGGACUGUAGUCCUGUCUUGCUAGUUGUUGGGCAUAGGGUGUCCAGCACUGUAGCUUGCUGGUCGUUGAGUGAAGCUGGGUCUUGGUGUUGAGAUGGUGAUCUCUGGGAGAUUUUCGCUGUUUGAUAUUACGUGGACCUGGGAGGUCUCUUGUGGACCAGUGUCCUGAAGUUCGUUCUCCCACCUCAGAGACACAGCCCUGAUGCCUGGCUGGAACACCAAGAGCCUUUAAUCCACAUGGCUCAGAAUAAAAAGGAGAAAAAAUAGAUAGGAAAGAAAGAAAGGGAGGAAGGAAGGAAGGAUGAAAGGAAGAAAGGAAGGAAGGAGGAAAGGAGGAGAGGAAGGAAGGAAGAAAGGGAGGAAGGAAGGGAGAAAGGAAGAAAGAAAGAAAGAAGAUAAAAUAAAGUAAGAAAAUAAAGUUAUUAAAAUAAAAAAUAAUUAUUAAGAAGAAAAAUUUUAAAAAGUAAAAAAAAAACCAAAAAACAAAAAAGGUGUCUGUCAGAACCCUAGGACAAAUGGUGAAAGCAAAGCUAUACAGACCUAAUCUCACACAGCAGCACACACAUACACACUCACAAAAAGAGAAAAAGAGGAAAAUAAUAAUAUAUCUUGCUCCCAAAGUCCAAAUAAUAUAUCUUGCUCCCAAAGUCCACCUCCUCAACUUGGGAUGAUUCGCUGACUAUUCAGGUAUUCCACAGAUGCAGGGCACUUCAAGUUGAUUGUGGAGCUUUAAUCCGCUGCUUCUGAGGCUGCUGGGAGAGACCUCCCCCUCUCUUCUUUGUUCACACAGCUCCUGGGGUUCAGCUUUGGACUUGGCCCUGCCUCUCCGCCUAGGUCGCCCGAGGGCGUCUGCUCUUCGCUCAGAGAGGACGGCGUUAAAGGAGCAGCUGAUUCGGGGGCUCUGGCUCACUCAGGCCAGAGGGAGAGAGGGGUACGGAUGCGAGGCGAGCCUGCGGCGGCAAAGGCCGGCAUGACAUGUCACCAGCCUGAGAAGAAUGUCUUCCAAGCAAGCCACCUCUCCAUUUGCCUGUGCAGCUGAUGGAGAGGAAGCAAUGACCCAAGAUUUGACCUCAAGGGAAAAGGAAGAGGGCAGUGAACAACAUGUGGCCUCCCAUCUGCCUCUGCACCCCAUAAUGCACAACAAACCUCACUCUGAGGAGCUACCAACACUUGUCAAUACCAUUCAACAGGAUGCUGACUGGGACAGUGUUCUGUCGUCUCAGCAAAGAAUGGAGUCAGAGAAUAAUAAGUUAUGUUCCCUAUAUUCCUUCCGAAAUACCUCUACCUCACCACAUAAGCCUGACGAAGGGAGUCGGGACCGCGAGAUAAUGACCAGUGUUACUUUUGGAACCCCAGAACGCCGCAAAGGGAGCCUUGCCGAUGUGGUGGACACACUGAAACAGAAGAAGCUUGAGGAAAUGACUCGGACUGAACAAGAGGGUAUGUGUGGACUUAACUGUUGGGCUUUAUUCUUUUAAAGAUUCCAGGCUUAAAAAAAAAUGAGUGGGAUUUUAAGGGCCAGAGAAGUGCAUAAUUGGCACUAGCAAGGAAAAAGUUAUUCAGAGGUUACCAUGGUGAUGGCAGAUUGUGAUCCAUUAGAAAUGUUAAGCAGAUAGCUCCAUUUUUCUACAACUUUGUGCAUUUUACUUGGCUCUUAUAAUAACAAAUCAAGGUUUUAAACUGACUAUAAGCCUUGCUCUGGAAAAGGGAGUACCGGUAUCUUCCUAGCCGCAACUUUAUUUUUCAUUUUUUCUCCCUUAUUUCCUCUUGAUGGAUAGUGUUUUAUUAUGAAAAUAUAAACUGUUUAAAAACAAAAAGACCCCUAAUUUAUUUCUCCUUAUUUUUAUAAAUAUUAUAAAUUUAUAAAUAUUAUUAUUUUACCUCCAAAUGUUGCAGAAUUGAGAGCUGAGGGUUUCUAAUACUAUUAAAGCUAAAUGUUCAAGGGAGUUCUUUGACACAUGGCAUCUACUGAAACAUCCACCUUCUCUACUCUCUCUACAAGAGUCCACUUAGGUUAACCUAGGUCCUAAAAAGUAGAUGAAAGAAGACUCUCUAAUAAUAUGUUUAAAU